UUGAGAUGCAGGUACCAGGGCUACACCCGGGCAGAGAGGAGUACGCUAGGCAACUCCAGGAGGAGCUAACAUGAUGCAAAAAUAUUUUAAUAGGCUGGCACUUUUUGCUUUUUUCAGUGUGACAUGUUUUGUUCUGAUUCUAUUUUACAACAAAGAGGGCACUUUAUAUUUUUUGUCAAAGCACUAUCCUGAUACAAAUGGGAAUGACAGCCUUUCCCAGUUGAUAAAAGAAGUAGCUGAAAUGAAGAUGAAAGUCCUAAAUGCCAGUCACGAAGAGACACAGAUGACAACCACUAAGAGCAAGCCUUUGGGACGCUGCCCUGACAACCCUCCACAACUUGUGGGUCCACUCCAUGUUGAGUUUGAUUCUAAACGGACUUUGGACCAGGUGAGAAAGUUAAUCAGUUCUCGUCUUCAGGAAGGAGGACGGUAUAAGCCUCCGGACUGCGUUUCCCAACAGAAGGUGGCGAUCAUCAUCGCAUUUCGCAAUCGGCAUGAGCACCUUAUUCAUUGGCUGUAUUACCUCCAUCCUAUAUUGAUGCGGCAGCAGUUGGACUACACCGUGUAUAUCGUCAACCAGGAUGGAGAAGGCGUGUUCAACCGGGCUAAACUGAUGAAUGCCGGCUACGUGGAAGCAAUGAAGCAAUAUGAUCACGACUGCUUUGUCUUCUCGGACAUAGAUUUGAUCCCUCUGGAUGACCGAAACCUUUACAGAUGUUUUGACAAUCCUCGACACUUGGCUGUGGCUAUGGACAAAUUCAACUUCCAAUUACCCUACAACAAUUUCUUUGGUGGAGUUUCCUCAUUGUCUAAGGGCCAAUACUUAAAGAUUAACGGCUUCCCGAACACGUUCUGGGGCUGGGGGGGUGAGGACGACGAUAUCUAUAACCGAAUUGUCUGCCGUGGCCUGUCCAUUUCUCGACCUAACUCGGUGAUGGGAAAGUACAAGAUGAUCAAACAUGAGAGAGACGCGCACAAUGAGCCCAAUCCAAAGAAUGCCGGUAAACUGAGCCAAACCCGGCAGACCAUGGAUAGAGAUGGAAUUAGUUCUCUCAAAUACACAGUGAAGGAGAUUAAGAAGGAUAUACUGUACACUUUCAUCACCGUGGAUAUUGAGGCUCCGCUUGGAUGAAUGAGGUGGAUCCUGUGGAUGUUUCAAUAGGGAUCUAGAGUGAGUGCAUGUUAAGGGCUGCUGUUUGUCUUUGUGUCAUAUUACUAUCAACAGGUGUGUGCGUGUGUGUGUCCGUGUCCGUGUCCAAGUGAAAUAAAGAUGAUGAAUACCAAGUACAGAGAUUAUUCCCAGUUUUCUCAAAUAUAAAUUGGUUAAUAUAAUAUGAAUAUUGUAAGAAAAAAAGAAUUACUCUCAAAAAAUAGGAAAUAUGUUGCAUCUUGAGGUAACUUCUCCUUGCUUUCACAAGUAAUCAAAAUGUAGAUGUAUUUGUUUAAAGGUGCUUGUGAAGCAUCGAGUUACCUUCAUGCUGGUCAAAAAGAAGAAGUCUGCAAAAGAAGAAAGAAAGAUAGUGGUUUGGACAAGUGGACACAUCCAUUUUAUUUGUAUGUAUUACAAGGGAAAAUAUAAUAUAUGGUAUUUAUAUUUGAUUGUAUCACUUACGCAUUAUGUUUUGUAAAUUAAAUGAAUUUUUAUAAAACAAUUGUAUUUAUUGUACAAUGUAGUAACAACUGUUUUGGACUUGAUGGGUUGACUGGCUUUCAGAUAAGUAUGGGCGUUUGCAAUGAAGUUCUGCAUAACUAAAGCUAUGAAUAUACAUUUUUGUUUUGUGAACUGUAACAAUGUUUUUUAUAAAAUGUCCGAAGCAAUUAAGAACUGAAUGAAAUGUAGGGUCACUACGGUCCACCGUGAAGCUUGCCAGUGAACAUCAAACUAAAAGAAUCUCAUCAUACAGUUUUUCUCGAUUGCUUAAACACAUUUUUUUAAAGCAUGCCUCGUUUUCUCAAAACUCUAAACACAAAUCCCAAAACCACUCACACAAAAUGCAAAACCCUUUAUAUCUCCUGCAAAAUGAAACUUUGCUUUCAAAACAGUGUUAUGUCACCUCAAAAGGGUAUUUUGUUUUCAGACAAACACAGCCCAUUAUAUGAGUAGACAUUCUAAGCAUCGAUUGAACACUGAUGUGCUCAAUGGAAAACACGACGAUGAAAUGGGAAAACACCAGUAUGAAGGCCUUAUCAGAAGCAUUAUGCCUUUUCAUGUCCAGUGGUACUGUACGCUUUCUCCUGUUGUAAAAUAUUGUAAAUGUAUAGUGUUUGAACAAAAAAUAUAAAACAACACACAAAUAUACAACAAC